GGGCGCCUCAGUCGUUCUCCGGAGCGCAACCUGUUAGCAUUGUUUCUGUUUACUCUCGUUUCUCCUUGAAACAGAAAUCGUUCUCGUGUAAAAUACAUUUUCAUAUUAAUUAGAUUUAUUAACCAAUACCGUGUAUAACGCAACAUCGUAUCAUAACAGUGUUUCAUUUAACUUUUAUUUCAUCGUCUUUUUCUUGAAAGAAACGAGCCGGAUCAGAUCGGAAAUCGGGAUAACCGUUACCGAAAGUCCUCGAUCUGCUACGAGUGAGUCGAGUGGUCACGUCCGGGUUGACGAACCCUCUACCUCGUCGUCGUCCCACGGAUACACACAUUGUGUUUCUAUACGAACAACGAAUGUACUCGUGAAAUCCUUUAUUUUUUUCUCUACUUCCCCCUCUCUCUCUCUCUUUUUCCGCAACGUGUCACUGUUCUUUACUCGAAGAGAGUUCGUUAAGACGAAAAAGAAAAAGUAGAAGUGGAAAGAAGAGGAGGUAAACAAAGCUACAUCUCGUUGUUCUCUUUCCUUCUCUUUCUCUCUCUCUCUUUCUUUACCUGUGUUCGUCUUUCUUUCUUUCUCUCUCUCUCUCUCUAUCUAUCUAUCUACUGUGUGUGUUGUGUAUGUGUGCUCACGCGCGCACUCUCGUAUCGAAAGAAGGCAGCACACCACCUUAAAUAAACGAAGAAGAAAAAGACAAGAAAGGGUAGGGAGAAAAGAAGCGAAGGGAUCGAGUUACGAGGAAUCGAUGCGUCGUCGAUAUCGUGGCGUCGAACGCUCCGAGCCGAAGUCACGUUUUCCAAGUUCGUCCCUUUUUAUUCGACCUUCGGUAAACGAAGAAGAAAACAUUAAGGAUCAAGAUAAUUCUUAAGAUACUUGAGAUACAUCGAUGAUAGGUAAACCUUCGUGAGUUAUCAUUUUUGUUCUAACAUUUGCUGUUCCUAUUACUCGUUGUUAUCUCGAACCGUGUGACAAAGAAGAAGAAAACGGUGUGAAAAGAAGAAGAAAAACAGAAAACUGAAAAGGAAGGUGAUCGUCCUCGUGUUUUUGUGCAAGGAAAACGGGAAGUCGCUAUAUUGGAGAGGAAGAGGGAAAGCGGCGUGCCGCUCUUCUGUGUGCCGCGGCAGAGGCGAUCGUCACAGCCGGAAAACAAUGACGAAAUGAUCGCGAGCCUACCGAUAAAUAGCGGCGGCAGCGGAGGGCCGGUGAGCCGCGUGGGUCGUGGACUGGCCCUUCACAGAUCCAACUCAAGUUUAGAACUACCUCACAGUCCUGAUCCCGCCUCUCGAGUGCCAGAGACACCCCUCAGAAGGGAGUAUGGAUCUCACGGUAGCAUCGACGUAGUGGCUCAAUCAGUCACAGUCGGCGAGAACAUCUUCGCGAUGCUUCAAGAUUUUCGGCCAACGGAUCAAAGAAGUCCAGUAAGCGCCGAUUAUUUGAGACGUGUUCAGGAUACGCAGUCGGCGCAGGACACUGACGAGGUCUGUGGACCAACCGGUGGCGGUUCCAGUCCGAAAUUACGAUUGAAGUUGAAUAGAUUUUGGGGUGGUAAAUCUCCUCGUGCUAUGGAAGAAACCUGUGGUAGCCCAGUCGUAUCGGCUGAUGUCGAAGAACGACAUCGUAGACGAGCCUUUGCUCAUUACGAUUGCCAAUCGCUCACAGCUAAUCUCGGUUAUGCUGCUAAACUGCGAGGUAUACUUUUAGCGAGAAGAAGAAACACGGCAACUGGUGCCUCAGCUGCAAGCGCUUUACGAGCCUCAACUCCAGAUGAGACUCCUGAAGAAGAUUCUGGAGAUGGGAAAGGCAACGACCUUUUGGAAUCGUGUCCCUUCUUCCGGAAUGAAAUUGGCGGUGAAGGGGAACGCGAAGUUGGCCUUACUCGCUGUCCACACGUUAAUGGAGUUCAUAGGCCAGCAUUAUCCUAUGGUGUCUCGGUUUUGGAACCUUUACCCGGUGAAACAUUAUGGAAACACACGUGUCCGGUACAAAAACGGCCACUUCCGAUCGAAAGCGUCGACGAGGGUGCUCAUUAUUAUCGGAAAUAUUUCUUAGGUCGAGAACAUCAAAAUUGGUUUGGUAUGGACGAACAAUUAGGUCCAGUGGCCAUCAGUAUUCGUAAAGACGUUAGUCAAUAUCGAAUAAUCGUAAGAACAUCAGAACUAUUAACUUUACGUGGUUCUGUGCCUGAAGAAGCACUGGGUAUAAGGCCCCAAGGUAGAGUACCAACGAGAGAACUAUUGGAGUUGGUCGCACCGGAAGUACAAUUAGGCUGUCUCAGACUUGGAACGGCUGCAGCUGAAGAAGCUGUCGCAAGAUUGGAUGAGCAGGGUCUUUCUAGCAGGUACAAGGUCGGCGUGCUAUACUGUAGAUCAGGUCAGAGAACGGAGGAAGAGAUGUACAAUAAUCAGCAUGCUGGACCAGCGUUUCUCGAAUUUCUCGAUACAAUCGGCCAAAGAAUAAGACUGCGAGGAUUCGAGGGUUACAAAGCUGGUUUGGAUACUCGAACAGACUCAACGGGUACUCACGCGGUAGCUGCGACUCAUCGGGGAGCGGAAGUUACGUUUCACGUGUCAACGAUGCUACCCUUUACGCCGAAUAACCGGCAGCAGCUGUUAAGGAAGAGACACAUUGGGAACGACAUAGUAACAAUAGUCUUUCAGGAACCCGGAGCUCUACCGUUCAGUCCACGGAGAAUACGUUCGCAAUUUCAGCAUGUGUUCAUCGUGGUAAAAGCCAUUAAUCCUUGCACAGACAAUACGCAAUACAGCGUAGCUGUUUCCAGAAGCAAAGAGGUGCCUAUUUUCGGACCACCUGUUCCACCAGGAGCGACCUUUACAAAGGGAAAAGCUUUUGCGGAUUUCAUUCUAGCGAAAGUGAUUAAUGCCGAGAAUGCAGCACACAGAUCAGAAAAGUUUGCCACAAUGGCGACAAGAACGAGACAGGAAUAUUUGAAAGAUUUGGCGACUAAUUAUUCUUCUGCCACGGUUGUCGACACUGGUCAAAAGUUUUCGAUGCUGUCCUUCAGCAGUAAAAAGAAGGCAAAUGUGAGACCAAGAUUAUCUUGUGACGCGUCCCAGCGUGGUGCGAUUUGUUGGCAGGUCAUUCUUGAGGAUAGCAAUCAAAACACCGAUUGCUAUCUUGGAAUAAGCAUUGAUACUAUCGUACUGAUCGAAGAACAUUCACGACAAAUCGUCUUUGUAACUCCUUGCGUCAGCGUUCUUGGCUGGCAUGCUCAGACCAAUAGUCUGAGAUUGUAUUAUCAUCAAGGCGAGUGUAUAACGAUCCAUGUGCGCGGCGAUUACGGUGAACGCGACGAACUAAUGGAAAUAGUCGCACGAUUGCGAGCGGUGACGCAAGGAGCACCAGCAUCUGAGCUUUCCCUCAAAAGAAACGGCCUCGGACAAUUGGGUUUCCACGUACAACCGGACGGUGUGGUGACUCAGGUCGAAGCUAUGGGACUUUCGUGGCAAGCUGGUCUUCGACAGGGCUCGAGACUCGUUGAAAUUUGUAAGGUGGCUGUGUCAACGUUGACCCACGAUCAGAUGAUCGAUCUUUUAAAAACCAGCGCUCAAGUCACUGUCACUGUUAUACCACCCACGAAUGAUGGCAAUCCUAGAAGAGGAUGCCCGCUACAAAAUUGUCAACAUCUAUCGAACAAUUACGAAGGCGAUUACGAAAACGUAACCAACCCGGACAACACGCCGACUCAACAAAUUGCCAUGUCACAUCAGAGACGAUACGAUCGAUCUUUUAGCCCACCUAGAUCCAGUAACAGUUCAGGAUACGGAACAGGUUCGAGUUCUAGAUCGUUUAAUGAUCCUAGAUUUCCAUUGGAGGGUACAAUGACAAGCAGUAGCAGUGGACACAGUAGUACCGAUGAUCGUUGGUACGAAUUGUUGGAACCACAGGAUCAGGAUAACAAUGGACAUCGUACGGAUGGCACACCACCACCACCAUUACCAGCAAGACAGAAUUAUCAAGCUCUGACACCUAACAAAGCAAUAACGGGACAAAAGAAAGAGAAAGAAAGUCAUUACGCGAGUAGCAAGCAAUUUACUGAGAAUUCGAAACUUCACAAUCACGAUCACUACGCCAAGGAAAGUGGUUAUGUGUCAGCUAAAGUUAUCCAAGAAAAUGCAAGACACGAGAAUUAUCAGAGACACCUGGACAACGCUCAUCGGAAUCAAGAUCACGUAACUUCGAAUUACGUAAAGCUACAGAAAGAGAAAUUCGAGAUCAAACAGGAGAAUCUUUAUGCGUCGCAAAGAGAUCUCUUGAAGAACGAUUAUCAGCAUCACUCUACUCAUCAGAAACUCAGUGCUUCAAAUUCUUUGCCAUUGGCUCAGAACGCGAGUUAUAGUCUUCCCAAAUCUGCCAGCAACAAUAAUCUCAUACGAUUCAACGAAUUCGAUCAGACAAGCUCAAAGUACGAGUACGAAAAUAAACCGGAUAGAACAUCGAAGUACGAGAUUCAGGAAGAGAAACUUCUAGACCGAAACACUAACAAAUACGAUCAGGAAACACGUAAUGAUAUACGUAACGAUAUACGUAAUGAGAAACGUGCCACAAUAGGUUACGAGUAUUCAGAAGAUUCCUAUGAAAAAAGGAAUAGCAAGUACGACAUUGAGAUCACAAAAUAUGAUUUAGAAGCCAUACAACAGAACAAUGAUAGAAAACAUAAUAAUAAUGACAACAACGAUCACAAUAGAGAACCAAUUAGAUACGAGAUGCCUCAUGAGUUCAAGGUCGGUGAAAAAGUGACCUGUUUGAAAACGACUAUGUCUGAACGGCCAGUUCCGCACAAGGUCAACGUCGAGUAUAGACAAACAAAGGACUUUGCUACGAGUCUUCCACCGGAAGUUAGGAUUCCCGAAAGCAAUUGCAUCGAAGUGACAACUCUACCUAGCGAAGACGAACUGUCCAAUGGUUCAGGAAGUAUCUCACCGAGAUUAAGAAGAGCGAACAAGCAUCGAGCUGGUAAUUUAACACCUUCGAGUGGCAGUUCGAGAAAUCAAAGUCCUCGUCCGAAGCCAGGUGUCAGAAAUUCUCAUCGAAAUUCAGCCAAUCUCACGUCGAGUACUUUGCAGGAGGAUCUGAUGAAAUUAAUCAAUCCUGAUUACAUAGCCGAUGACAAUCAGCUAACGAAUAAUAAUAUAUCGAAUAACAUUAUGAGCGCCAAUCAAAACUCUAAUAAGAUAAAUAACAAUAUGCUGGAGAUUCAAAACAGAUGUAGAUCCAGAGAAAAUCUUUGCGGUAAUAGUACUUCGACGUUAAGCGUUUUACCUGCUAAUGGACAAGACAAUGGUAAUAAUGGUUCCGAAGUUAUUUUGACGAUGGCUAGACCAGCCACUGUUAUAUCUAAUGCUAGCACAGCGUCUAGUCCAGCACCAAGCGAAAACAAAUUGUCCAAGGAAGAGAGAUUAUCACCACGCGUUACUAAAUCACCGCACUCGAUGUCGAAACCUACCAACAAUUUAACAUCCACCAAGGACGCGAAGACACACGUGGACGGCGACGUAGAUUGUUGGCAGAAUCAUCAUAUAGAUUCAAACAAUAAAACGUCGAAGCAGCAUCCUCAGGAAUGGACCGAUGAUAGGAUCAUUGAUGGCUGUAAUACCAUUGCAAAUUCUGUCUCUGAUUUGCAAUCUCAUCUCUCGACUCUCGAGCUGAGAGUAGCCAGGGAAACACGACGUCGUCUCUCUUUAGAAGACGAAGUUCGUCGUUUGAGAGACGAAAAUCGACGCUUGCAGGACGAAAGCCAUGCUGCUGCUCAACAACUUCGUCGCUUCACCGAGUGGUUUUUUCAAACGAUAGAUCAUCAGUAAAAAAAAAAAAAGAAAGAAAGAAAGAAAGAAAAAAAUCAAAACGUCUAAUUAUACACGAUUUUUCGCAGAUACAAUUAACAGCCGAGGAUCUUCCGAAUCUCGUUAGAUCGAGACAAAAUCGGAUCUAGAGACAAAACGUCACGUAUUCGAUGAAAUUUUCUUUCUCUCGAUAUAUCCGUGUUGUUUUCAUAUUAUAAUCGUUAAGCUCGAUUUAAAAAGAGCAUAAUAAUCGAUCAUAAGUGCAGUAUUAAUGUCGAGGAUUGUCCUAUUUGGAGAAUCUACGUCGAUGUUCGAAACCUCUUUAUUUAGUACAUACAUAUAUAUAUAUAUAUAUAUAUAUACAUAUACAUAUAUACACAAACACAUAGACGUAUAUAUAAUAUACACACGUGUUAAGGAUAAAAAAUAUUUCAACGUGCACGUUCGAAAAAAAAAAAAAAACUAGAUCAGGGAGAAGAAGCAUCUUUUGAAUAUAGUGUCAGAAGAAUUUCCCACCUGCAUGUACCAUAUUAGAUUCGUUAGAUUAACUUAGUAAAUAUAAGAUACGUUACCACCAUACUGUACUUUGAGAAGAUAUUGCAGAGUAUGUUCUUAAUAUGUCUAGCUAAAAAGGAAUAUUAUAUUAGAAAGGAUUAAAAGGAGUAGGAGAGAAAGAAAAAACAGAAAUAAAAACGUUCGGCAAAAAUUUCAAAUAAAGAAGAAGAAGAAGAAGAAGAAGAAGAAGAAGAAGAAGAAGAAGAAGAAGAAUAGAGUGCGUUGAUUAAAAGUGGUAAGUACUUUUAUUUGAAGACGCACGCUAAACAAACAUUAUCGUAAAACACGUAAGAGUAUAAAAGGCGACCAAAAGACCAAAUAUUCCUAGUGUACUAAGGAUUUACCGUAUAAUGCAACUGUAAUUUAUUACAUAUUUUAUAUACCCUUACAUUUUAACAUAAAACAUGUAUUCAGUAAACACGCAAACUAAAGAGAAAGUAAUCAUCAUCGAGUGGAAUGUUACGAGAUCAUUCCGAACUUAUCGAGAAUCUUUUCUUUUUUUUUUUUGUUUCCUGUGUGAUCAUUCUAUAACCAUCGCGAUUAGAUGAACGAUCUUAUGAUACGAUUUCUUUGUAAUGUACGGAGACGAGGUUCGUCGAAAAAAAUAAUCUAUAAGUCAACGAAUAAAAAUCAAUACGUAUUCGAA